GAGAGAUUAUUGGUGCAAUGCUAACAGAGGGAGGGAAGAGUGACAAAAAAAGUCAGGGGUGGAGCACUGGCUAAAAUCGAAAGUCGUUUUGCCCCGAGUUUAUGAAAUUUGCCAAAUGUGCUGUGACUGUGUUGGGUCCUUGGGGAAGUGAUUGAGUGAAGAUGCAGGGUGUGACGGAUGAGCUGACCUGCUGUAUCUGUUAUGAGAUGUUCCAGGAGCCGGUAAUGUUGGAAUGUAUGCACCAUUUCUGUAAGAAAUGCAUCCUGCAAUUCUGGAGAAACUCCCAGCACAGCUUCAGCUGCCCCCAGUGUCGCCGCCGCUUCAGCUCCAGGAGUUUCCGCAGCAACUACCUGGUGGCCGGGGUGGUGGAGAGGCUCCGGGGGGCCAGCACCCAGGAUGUCCGCCUCCGGUUACAGAAACAACUGACUGAUCUCCAGAAAUGUCACCGGAACAAGAAAGACAUGAUUGUGAAGAUGAAGAAAAGGGACGAGGAAAAGAUUGUGGUAAUCCAGAGGGAAUCCGCUGAGCUCCAGCUAAGAGUGAGGAGUGACUUUGAGAGGAUGCACCAGAUCCUGUGGAAGGAGGAGAGCAGCCUGAUGACUGAACUGCAACGGGACUCGGCGUCUGCUCUGGAGAAGCUGCAGAGACACAUUGAGCAGCUGGACACAGGGCUAGGGGAAUUGGAGCAGCUCAUCAGCAGGACCCAGGAUUGUCUGGAGCAGCUAAAGACCACUGUGCUGUUUGAGACCCAUGGUUUAGCAGACAGUGUGCACAUCGAGAAUGAGCCUGAUGUUAGUGGUCACCUUCGUAAUGCCCGUUACACUGGGCCCCUUCAGUACAUCGUGUGGAAGAAGAUGUACAAAUCCUUGGAAUCAGCUCCAACCCGAUUGACCUUUGACCCAAACACGGCUCACCCUAACCUGGUGCUGUCUGAGGAUCUGCUCAGUGUCCGCGAGGUCGAUGAGCAGCAGCCUGUGCCCAAUAAUCCCGAACGAUUCGAUAAGUGCGUCAAUGUCCUGAGCGCUCAAAGCUUCUCCAGUGGGAGGCACUACUGGGAGGUGGGAGUGGCCGGAAAGACCAAGUGGGACCUGGGUAUUGCCAAGGAGUCAGUGGAUCGCAAGGUUGUGGUCAAGAUCGCACCUUCUAAUGGCUACUGGACCCUCCGCCUGAGGGACAGCAAGACGUACUGGGCUGGCACGUUGCCAUGGAAACGGCUGCCCAUCCAGAAGAAGCUGAAGCGUAUCGGCGUGUUCCUGGAUUUUGAUGAUGGCCGCCUCUCGUUCUACGAUGCUGAGGACAUGUCUCAUCUCCUGACCUUCCGCCAGACCUUCUCCGAGAGGGUCUUUGCCUUCUUUAGUACCUGCUUCAGUGACGGUGGGCUCAACUCUGAGCCCCUCCAACUCUGCAGUGGCAGCCUGUGAAAAGGGGCUAGGAUAGGAGGGGAGAGGGGCCUGUCCUGGGGGAAGGGGGUGUUAGAAUGCAGUGGCCGUUCCCUGCAAUAUGAACAGUGAAGCUGUGAUCUUGCAGUUUUCCUGGCGCUGGGAUCCAUGACCUAUCCUCCCCCACUCCCAUCCCCCUUCAGUUCCCAAGAUUGAGAGGAUGCAUCAGAGAUCUCGACCUUCUGCUGUUCUCUUCAUGACCCUCUCCUCCUCCUCCUCCUCCUCCUCCUCCUCCUCCUCCUCCUUCCUUCCACCCCCGUCUUCCCCCAAUCUUUGCUUUCUCCCUCUCUCCCUGGAUCCCACAUUAACUAGAAGUGGGGGCAGGGUGGGGUAAUGACCCUUUCACCAGUUGCACAGUCGCCCCCUGCUGAUGGUUAAGGGUCUAUGGGAGAGUUUUCCCAAAUUCACCUUCUCUUGGAAUAAUGAGGUUCCUACCAUCUAGUGGUGACUUUUAGAAGUGCAGCUACAAAAAUCUGCUUUGACAUUAAUCAAUUUAACCUAUUAAAUUCAGUGGAUUAAAUCGGAAAUUUCUGUGGUUUGGAAAGUUGGGUUUACCUUUUCCUAUGUUAAACUUUCUAUAACUUUAAACAUUUUGAUGACGAGGAAAAUUUGUCAAUCUCCCUCUUGUGUAUCUCAAUUUUUUUUCUCAGUUCUUGUAUUUCUGUCGUUCUUGCUCGAAGGCUCUGUCUCUCGCUCUCUGUCUCUCGCUCUCUGUCCGUGUGUGUAUACCUCUAUCAUGUGCUCUUUUGUACUUGUUUAUCUUGUGGUACCUAUCUCCUCCUCCUUCCAAACACAGAUCUUUUACACAGCAAACAGUAAUUUCUUUAAUUUUUUUUCACUUAUAAAUGGAUAGAUCAUAAGUGGAUGGUUUAUAAAUAAUCUUUUGCAGUUGAUUUAUGUUUUCCUUCAAAUUGAAUAAUCAGAGCUCCUAUAAGGUUUUAUUGAAGCAAAUAGUCAACUUUUUAUUUAGUUAGCAAUGUGUAGUUUUGGAAAAUUGCUGAAAUCAUUGAGCCAUUCCUCACUGUCCGUGUGUCUGAGAGAUACACCGAGUGGAACAUGUGUCACUUACACAUUUUAUGGUCGGGACAUUGUCUCGGAAAGGUCAGAUGUUGAGCAACCAGGGAACAGGAUAAAGGAUAUUGUCCAUGCUUUGUUAUGAACCGUAUUUUGAAAAUUCUGCUUUAUUUUCUGAUUUCUGCUUUUUUUUUCUGUAUUCCAUAUUAAAAAUUAAAACCUGCAUUGUGAAAACUGA